AAAAGAAAGAGCAUCAGGCAUAGCCAGCCAGGUAAGCAUAUGCAGGUUGGCAAAUGGAGUUUUUGCCUUUCUCUCUCUUCACUGGGAGGAGAGAGAGAGAGAGAGAGACGGAGGAAGUGACAGACUGGCAUUAAGGAGGACGACCCUUUGGUGUUUGGAUCUUCAAGAAAGAGAGACCCUUGGGAUUUCGUCACCAUGAGUCUCUUCGGUCUUGGAAACAGAAACCAAAAAACAUUUCGUCCAAAAAAGAGUGCUCCAUCUGGAAGUAAGGGUGCUCAACUUCAAAAACACAUCGAUGCCACGUUGGGUAGUGGGAACUUGAGGGAGGCUGUUAAACUGCCUCCCGGUGAAGAUAUUAAUGAAUGGCUAGCUGUAAACACCGUGGACUUCUUUAAUCAAGUGAAUAUCCUGUUUGGUACUCUUACAGAAUUCUGCACGCCAAGUAACUGCCCUUCAAUGACUGCAGGACCAAAGUAUGAGUAUCGAUGGGCUGAUGGUGUUACUAUAAAGAAACCAAUAGAGGUGUCUGCUCCAAAAUAUGUUGAGUAUUUGAUGGACUGGAUUGAAUCUCAGCUAGAUGAUGAAACGAUUUUCCCUCAAAGAUUGGGGGCUCCCUUUCCAACCAAUUUCCGAGAUGUUGUCAAGACAAUUUUCAAGCGAUUAUUCCGUGUAUAUGCUCACAUUUACCACUCACAUUUUCAGAAAAUAGUGAGUUUGAAGGAAGAAGCUCACCUUAAUACUUGCUUCAAGCAUUUUGUUUUAUUUACUUGGGAAUUCCGUUUGAUCGACAAAGCAGAGUUGGCACCUCUUGAGGACCUUGUUGAAUCUAUUGUUCAGUUAUAGUGCUGUUGGUGUUUUCUUUCCCUGAUUUUUAGGAGAGAUUAAACAUUGGAAAUGUUGGCUAUACAUUUUUGUGACCCCUUGUAAAAUACUUGCUAAAUGAAAAAUCUUUAUCAACCCCUUAUGUAUUUGGCUCUUAAUUGUUGUGAUGGUUGCUCAAUAACAAUAAUAAUCGUGUGAAUCUAGCGAAAACCUCCUUGUGAGGCAAGGGAAAUAAUAGAUGCAAUUGACGCUUUA